UAGCAACCAGGAUUCGGCUGUCGCGGAUGGAAAGCAGACUACCCGGCUGUUGCCACGGGUUGGCAGUUCAAACCCCUUGCCUGCCGGCUUCAAGUUCGACGAUCGACCUCGAAACGAAACCCCGCAUGACAGGCCAUUGUGAACAACUACAAGUGGAUGUACGAGAUAUUGUGAAGAAGAAUACUCGAAGCCGUACGACUUUCGUGACGACGUGCGACGGUUGUGGUAGACAUGCAGGGCGCGACUUGUUUACGGGCAAGCGACGAGAGUUUCUGCUUAAAUUAAGUGCAGUGUUUGGCGUACGUCCCGUGCGUUAGCGACGGUUUAAUGCGGUGAAGCUACAUGUUACAUCUCGUGAACUCAUGAGUGAGAUCGUGUCGCCGCAUGCUGGUUUAGGCUUAGUAGCGGUGCAGCGAAACAUCUCCCACCAUCGCGAUGAGAGCCUAACGUACCGCCCGGCACAGUGAACUACACUGGAUAAGAACCUUUGCAGGAACAUAAUGAUCAUGUCUGAGCAUGCUCGUAGUGACUUACUGGUCAAUCGGCACUAAACAGAAGACCAUGUGGACCGGUCCACCUGACACAGCCGACGAUGUACAUUCGUCGACCAGUACUUCGGGACAUUCAACUCCCUGGUCGUCUUCGUUACAACGAUCACGGGCACGACGUCGUCUCAACGACCUCGAGAAAGACGACGACGAUGACGAAACGACUCCUACUCCUGGCCGCGAUUUCGAGUGGCUCGAACCAGGCGAGUACCGUUCAAGAGUUCGACGGCGGAGACCACCUUCUCGCGAGGGAAGGCGGUCCCCGAGAUUCGACGACCGUAGAAGCAUGGCGGACUGGAAUGAUGCUCGCGUCGUAGCGAUGAUGGCUGCAGCGCAGACAUGGGCUGCAGCGACCGGCUGCUGUGGUGGCGGCCACGGACCGUGUGGUCACGGACCCUGUGGGCUGCCUUUGGCUUACAGGACGUAUCCAGCGGGUCAACCGCCGAGGAAGAACUGUUGCUGUAACAGUUGGCCCAGUGGAGUUCCUCAGGCGUACAACCCGGGACAGUAUUGUGGAGAGCAGCCGUGCCAGUCCUGGGGGACACCUCCACGCUGCAAGAGCACAUCACCUGGCGAGUAUACUAGUCUUCAGGACAAGAUUUCUCACUUGGAGUCAGACAAGGAGAACCUUGCACUGCAGGUGAGCGUUCUAACUGACCAACUUGAUGUGCAAAAGGAUAAACUGGCUGAGCAAGAAGCCUCGCUUGCGGAGAAGACACAACUGCUACAGAAGACAGAGCAGCUUCUAAAGCAGGAGAUGCAGUUGAAGAAGAAAAUUGAGUCUGACAGACUCACCCUGAUGACGGACAUUCCAGCACUGAAGCUGAAGCUUGUGACAUCGGAGCGAGAGAAAUCGGAGUUAGAAAGCAAAGUAAAGAAGCUCGAGACAGACAUAGUUAUUCUGCGGUCUUGUCUCGCUGAAAGGGAGACGGAGCUUAUCACGAGGGGCGGCAGGGUUCCCCAUCAUGGGUCAAUAUCUUCGGUACCGGACACCAGUCAUAUUUCACCCACGAAAUUUGGACUUGGACUGGACUUUUUACCUUCUCAGAAUGGGAGCCGCGAGAGGACACCACAAAGCGACCGAGAAAGUCGUGUAACGGAGAAGCCUCCUGUGUAUCCACGAUGUUCUUCGGCCAGUCUUCCUUCAUCCAGCACCAACCCUACUUACAGGCCACAUACGCCCAGUCGAUCGCAUCUUGAGCGAACGAACAGCGAUGACAAUGUUCAAGGGGCACCGGGUUCAAACAGUAGCAGUACGUUGCCUCGGAACUAUCAUCAUGGCCAGCAGAUGAUGCGAGAUAUGCAACAACGGCAGCUAGCCGAGAGUCAAGCCAGCCUUCCUGAACCAGGGCUUCGUAGUCGCAAGGGAUCAACAGGCGUCUCUUUUGGUAAAGGCCUUUUACGAUUGCGUUCAGCGCAACGCACCUGCAGUGCUCCUGAAUUAGCUCAACCAGAGCUUGUGAUCAUUCAUCCGGGACAGCAGACCUUAACGCCUGGAUCAACUCCUUCCCCUGUCAAGCAUGGAAAGCACAAAGGCAUCAGAAAAAUAUUUGGAAGGUUACGUAGAAGCAAUUCACAUACGAUGGAUAUAACAGACAGCUUCCGUAGGGGUGGGCUGCGAGCAACGGCAGGUCCGAGGCUUGGAUGGGUGCCCAACUUCAACGCUACCUCUCUUUUUACUGAGAAGCCUCUAUCACUGUGGAACGCUGACCUCAUAGCUGCCUGGGUGGAUAGUCUUGGCAUGUCCAUGUAUCACGAUCCUUCGAGGCCAUACUUCAAAGACGGCAAUAAACUUGCAAAAGUCACAGCAUCAGAACUUGAAAAGGACUUGGGAAUGAAGCACCCACUGCAUCGUAAAAAAAUGCUACUAGCAAUAGAGUCCUUGAAGCCUGAAGCGACUGAGUUGUCACGAGCCGCUUCGCUGCUCGACUGGCAGUGGGUGCUACGGUGGCUGGAUGACAUUGGACUUCCACAGUACAAAGACACUUUUGCAGAUGCCAUGGUUGACGGACGGGUGCUCAACGCACUAACAGUUGAUGACCUUGUGCACAUGAAGGUCACGAGUAAUUUUCAUCAUGUCAGCAUGAAGCGUGGAAUUCAAGUCCUCAGGCUGAACCGUUUUGACCCUGCCUGUCUAAAGCGGCGGUCUCUGCCUGAAGAGUCUAAGAAUUAUAGUCCAUUGGAUGUCUCCCUGUGGACCAACCACCGUGUCAUGGAAUGGCUGCGUACCGUGGACCUGUCGGAGUAUGCUCCGAACCUUCGCGGAAGCGGGGUGCAUGGUGCACUACUUAUCUAUGAAGAUGGUGUGACAUGCGACCUGUUUGCGGCUAUUCUGAGCAUCCCGACAAGUAAAACGCUGUUACGACGGCACCUCUCUCUUCAGCUAAAGCAGCUACUGGGUCCGAGGAUUAUGCACCGGAAAAGGGCAUGCGAAGCCUCACCUAGUCACGUGCCUCUAUCGCCCUCUGCAAAAAUAAAGGUGGCAAAGAAGGCGCAGUUCUCUCUUCGUUGGCGGAAACCAAAGUCAGGUGACACUUCUGCGUAUGUGUGCCCUUUUGUGAUGGACAGCUCUAUCGAGGACAUGUCGAGCGAUUUAUCCACUGCAGAAAGCUCUCUGGACGAUUCCUUUUCCUCUAAAGAAAAGGAUUCCAAGACCGCCCAGGAGAUAGAGGCUGUGUCAAAUGAAAUUUCAUCAUUCAUGAAACUGCAAGAAGUGAAAGACCUGGACUCCUUAACAUCGACAAACAUCUAAUCAACUUAGUCAUCACAGUCUGGCAGAAUUCAGGCCACACUGUUUCCUGUCAAAGCACAUCAUGGUUUUAGUAGACUUUACAAGCUUUUAUACAGAAACUUUCACUCAUCAAAGCACUAGGUAUUUUUCCCAAGCAGCAUUUAUACGAAGGGCAAUGCUUUAUCUCUUGAGAACCAUUUUUUAAACUCCCAUCAAGGCAAUGGCUCUGUGAAGAAAUAAAAGCACGCAGAUUAUUGCACAA